AUGCCUCCUUCCCUCCACCAUUUGGUAAUUGAUAAAAACAACAAGAAACUGAUCCCUCAGUUGAGUCACAACAUGGCAAAUUCCAAAUGCUUGUUCCUUCAAAUUCCGUUCUUCAUCCUCUUGUUAUCCUUGUCUCCUUCAUCCGCUCAUAAUCAGAGCAGCAAGAGCAUGGCACCACCACCAGCUUCACAAGUCGAUUACAAAGGUUGCUUUUCCAAGGUUUAUGCAUUCGGAGAUUCUUACACAGACACUGGAAACGCUCACUUCAUGGGUGCGCUCAAAUCCUACAUCAGCGUUUUCUUCAACAUGUUCAAACAUGGCUCAAGCUCAGCGGGUAACUUACCUGGUUAUCGACUAUCUAAUGGCCGCUUGGUCAUUGAUUACCUGUGUGAAACUCUCUCCGUACCCCACUUGCCAGCCUACAAAGACUCUUCCGCGCAGUUCUCAGGCGGUGUGAACUUUGCAAUAGCCGGAUCAACGACUCUUUCGGUUGACUUCUUCGCUCAAUUCAGAAUCGACCAUUCCCUGAUGUGGAAACGAAUCCCAGAGAGUUACCGCACUCAAAUAGAUUGGUUCCACAAAUUUCUUGCGGAGUUCGAUUGCAAGGGGAAAGAUGAGGCUACAUGCAAGGGAGAGCUGGCGAACACACUCAUCUGGGUCGGUGAGAUGGGUGGCAAUGACUAUGCUCGUCUUUAUGGCUCCUCUAUUCACGGUAAGCACGUCACGGAGCAAGCUGUUGGGAAUGUCUGCGGAAUGCUGAGGGCGGUGUUGGACAAGGGAGCAAAGUAUGUCGUGGUUCAAGGGCUACCACCAGCAGGGUGCCUUCCAUUGCACGUGUCAUCUUGUCCCACGAAUGAGCGUGAUCAGUUGGGGUGUUCAUCGAGUGCUAACGCGGUGAUAAUGGCCCACAACGAUCUUCUCCAGAGGAAGUUGGACGAAAUUAGGAAUCAAUACAGGGAUUGUACGGUCGUAUAUGCUGAUUACUGGAGUGCAUACCAAACAAUACUGACAAAUUAUAAGCAGUACCAAUUUGAAGAACCCUUCAAGGCAUGUUGUGGAGCUGGGGACGGACCACUCCACUUCGACCCAAAACGCCUGUGUGGAUCUACUGGCACGGCCACCUUCAAGGACUCCAACAAGUACAUUAACUGGGAUGGGGUUCACUUCACUGAAGCCAUGCAUCAACACUUGGCUGAUCUCUUCUUCAAUCAAAACUACUGUAAACCAUCAUUCGCCGAGCUGGUUCAGAAGAAGAAAGGCGAAUUAGCUUACUGAUUAAUCCUAUUUUUGAUAGGUUUAUAUAUAUGUAUGUGCGCUCCGAAUGACUGCAUUCUGAGAGCGGGAUAAUAAUUUCUUCUUGUCUAUAGGCAUUUUGCUAUCUGCCUACCCUUAC